GCAUUAUAUGCUCUACCUCUUCUUCAAAAUGACAGUAUAUCUUCCAGAGACCCUAAAAACAAGCACACGCACACAUACACAGAGUUGAAGAAAAUGAGUUGGGUGAUAUUAGCAAGGAUUUUGAUUCUCAGUGGGAUGCUUCUAUGCAUUGUUCAAGGCCAUGCACCUCCUUACUACACUUUUAUAUUGAAGGAAAUCAGUAUUACCAGACUGUGUCUUACCAAGAACAUCAUGACCGUGAAUGGAAGUUUUCCAGGGCCAGUGUUGCGCGUCCACAGGGGUGAUACAGUGUAUGUGAAUGUUUACAAUCAAGGUGAUUAUGGAGUCACCUUGCACUGGCAUGGAGUUAGAAAUCUUAGAAAUCCAUGGUCAGAUGGUCCAGAAUACAUUACACAAUGUGCAAUUCCACCUGGUUCAAACAUGACAUACGAGGUCAUAUUUUCUUUAGAAGAAGGAACUCUUUGGUGGCAUGCCCAUAGUGACUGGACUCGAGCCACCGUCCAUGGUGCCAUCGUUGUUUCCUCUCCAUUUGGGAUUGCUCAACCAUUUCCUAAGCCAGAUGUGGAAGAGAUCAUAAUACUUGCAUCAUGGUUCAAGCAAGAUGUGAAUCAGAUGGUUGACUACAGCUUGCAAAACGGACAAGAUUUUAACCUGUCAAAUGCUUUCUCCAUUAAUGGUCAACUUGGGGAUUUUUAUCCAUGCUCCAAUGGAACAACAUACCGACUACUAGUUGAUUAUGGCAAGACCUAUCUUCUUCGUAUAAUUAACGCAGCAACAAACCAACAAUUUUUUUUCGCAAUUGCUCAACACAAUCUCACAGUUGUCGCCUCGGAUGGAGCUUAUAUCAAACCAAUACCAACUAGUUACAUCAUGAUAAGCCCAGGACAAACAAUGGAUGUUUUAAUCACAACAAACCAAUCUCCUAGCUACUAUUAUAUGGCUUCUAGAGCAUAUUUUAGUUCCGAUAGCAAUAAAUUUGAUCACACCACUGCCACAGCAAUUCUACAGUAUAAAGGCAAUUACACAGCACCAUCCUAUCCUUCAUUUCCAACAAUCUUUCCAGGCUUUCACGACAAUGAUGCUGCCAAUAAUUUCACUUUGCAAUUUAGGAGCCUAGCAAGCUCGGACUACCCUGCAAACGUCCCUAUAAAUGUCAGUCAGAGGAUGUAUGUAACGGUUUCUGUGAACCGAUUUCAUCCUCCACAAGGUUCAUCGUCACACGAGGAAUACUGGCUUGGGUCUAGCUUGAACAACCUAACUUUUGUGUAUCCUCAUACAGAUAUACUACUAGCUUAUUUCGGGAACUUGAGUGGGAUCUACAACACGAAUUUCCCAAACGAACCGCCAGUUUUCUUCAAUUUCACAGGGGAUGGGACAGUUUUAAGCGCAGAUGAAUAUGCAAUACCGGGGAAAGCGACAGAGGUGAAGGUGUUGAAUUACAAUGAAACUGUAGAGAUAGUAUUUCAAGACACUAAUGUUUUGGAUACUUCAAUGAAUCAUCCCAUCCACCUCCAUGGUUACAGCUUCUAUGUGGUGGGAACUGGUUAUGGGAAUUUCAACAAUGAGACUGAUCCAGAUUCUUAUAACUUGGUUGAUCCACCUUUGGUUAAUACCUUUGGAGUCCCCAAAGAUGGUUGGCUUGCUAUCAGAUUUGUAGCAGAUAACCCUGGUGUAUGGUUCUUGCACUGUCAUAUGGAGCGACACACUACUUGGGGCAUGGUUACUGCUCUGAUUGUGAAGAAUGGUGACACCCCUGAAACAAGCAUGCUCGAUCCACCGGCUUACAUGCCUACCUGUACAGUUCCACCAUCUCCCUCUGGCCAGCUUCAUGAAUCGGAUGUUUCAAAUCAUGGAAUAACAGAUGAAAUAAGAGGACAAGCAACAGUAAAUAUAGUGCAGACCCAACCUUCCUAAUUAUUACUACCUUAUUGAUGGAGGAGUUGCUUGUGUUCUUGAGUCUUGAUUAUUUUGUGUCAUGGAUUUGUUGUAAUGAUGUGGAAAAAGUAGCUGAAGAGUUUCCAGAACAAGUGAAUUGAUGAAAGUCAAAGAUAAGGUCAAAUUGAUGACCAAGGGUAAAUUUGUAAUUUCAAUGGAUGAACUCAGAUUUGUUUCAAUUGCAAAGAUUAGCAACAACUUGAGGGUCUUUUAGUUUUGCAAAAA